UACGUCGUCGUCCUCCCCUUCUCCGGAUCCAGCAGCAGCAGCAGCACAGGAGCUGCCGUGCCUCGUCUUUCACUGAGGAGAUCCCGAAAGCCGGAGUAUUAGCUAAACCCUGUACAGCCAUGGCAGAGAACGCCGGCUUGGAAAACCACCGCAUCAAGAGCUUUAAAAAUAAGGGACGUGAUGUCGAGACUAUGAGAAGACAUCGAAAUGAGGUGACAGUUGAGUUGAGAAAGAACAAACGAGACGAACAUCUACUGAAGAAGAGAAAUGUCCCGCAGGAGGAGAGUCUGGAGGACUCUGAUGUCGACUCAGACUUCAAAGGACAAAAUGUUACACUUGAUGCCAUCUUACAGAAUGCUACCAGUGAUAAUGCAGUGAUACAGCUCAGUGCUGUACAGGCAGCCAGAAAACUGCUCUCGAGUGACAGAAACCCUCCCAUCGACGAUUUGAUAAAGUCUGGGAUCCUGCCCAUUUUAGUCAAAUGCCUGGAAAGGGACGACAACCCCUCUCUUCAGUUUGAGGCAGCCUGGGCUCUGACCAACAUUGCGUCUGGGACUUCAGCACAGACUCAGGCUGUGGUUAAAUCCAAUGCAGUGCCCCUGUUCCUGCGACUGCUACACUCCCCCCACCAAAAUGUUUGUGAACAAGCUGUUUGGGCCUUAGGAAACAUUAUAGGUGAUGGUCCACAGUGCCGGGAUUAUGUUAUCUCCCUGGGUGUGGUCAAGCCCCUGCUUUCUUUCAUCAACCCAUCAAUCCCCAUCACCUUCCUCCGCAAUGUUACCUGGGUCAUCGUUAACCUCUGCCGCAACAAGGAUCCGCCACCACCCAUGGAGACUGUGCAGGAGAUUUUGCCAGCCCUCUGUGUGCUAAUAUAUCACACUGAUAUAAAUAUUCUCGUCGACACGGUGUGGGCUCUGUCCUAUCUGACGGACGGAGGCAACGAGCAGAUCCAGAUGGUCAUUGAUUCUGGAGUUGUUCCAUUUCUUGUGCCUCUCCUGAGCCAUCAGGAGGUGAAAGUUCAGACAGCAGCUCUGAGGGCAGUGGGAAAUAUCGUGACAGGGACAGACGAGCAGACGCAGGUUGUGCUCAACUGUGACGUCCUCUCACAUUUCCCCAACCUGCUCACACACCCUAAAGAAAAGAUCAACAAGGAAGCAGUUUGGUUCCUGUCCAAUAUCACAGCUGGGAACCAGCAGCAGGUCCAAGCUGUGAUUGACGCUGGACUGAUUCCUAUGAUCAUUCACCAGCUGGCUAAGGGUGACUUUGGCACUCAGAAGGAGGCAGCAUGGGCUAUCAGCAACCUCACCAUCAGUGGGAGGAAAGACCAGGUGGAGUUCCUGGUGGAGCAGAACGUCAUCCCUCCAUUCUGUAGCCUGCUGUCAGUGAAGGACUCCCAGGUGGUGCAGGUAGUCCUGGACGGCCUCAAGAAUAUUCUAAUCAUGGCAGGGGACGAAGCCAGCACUAUCGCUGAGAUCAUUGAAGAGUGUGGAGGUUUGGAGAAGAUAGAAAAUCUGCAGCAGCAUGAGAAUGAGGAUAUCUACAAACUAGCCUUUGAGAUUAUUGAUCAGUACUUUUCAGGAGAUGAUAUUGAUGAAGAUCCCAGCUUGAUCCCUGAAACCACUCAAGGAGGAACCUUCAAUUUUGAUCCAGCCUCCAACAUGCAAACAAAGGAGUUUAAUUUCUAAAAGCCAGGAUGUUUGGUUCAACCAGCUGCACGGGUACUCUGUAAUCACCCCAGACAUUCAUCCAUCUCUCCUCCAACCUGGCAACCUGGUACCGAAGGAUUUACUUAGCAUCACUUCAACAUGGAAACUCACCACUGAAGG